AUGGCACAUCAACAAACCGAAACUUCGGCCCCACCAUCCAGACCGAGUCAAAGUAAUACUGGUACGCGCAGUGGAGGGCAGAAUGGCAAUAUCAACAAGUUGAAGAGAUCCCAAAGCACCAAGGAUAAAACAGUCGAUACCUUGAACGACAAAGGCAAAGGUAGGAUAUCUCCUAUUCAGAAAGUAUUGCCAAGAGAACCGAAAGUUAACGGAUUGAAGUUGUCAAGUCACAAGCUUCUGAGAGCAAACCUUCACCAAGUCGUCAGACCGCGAAACUGGCAGCAAACAUUCCACAAAUAGAGCAACCUAACUCCGAGGAACAGAAAAAAUUGGCGGUACAUAGGGCAACUGAGCUAGUUGCGCAAUCUGAGCAUGCAUUGAAGUCGUCUCCCCUGUUUCUUGCCCAACACAAAGUUGCCUACAAUCACAACUACGGCUUUUCUGUCGAUGGCGGGAAUUUCAACCUUGAAAUAUUCCAGCUGCCGAAGGGUUCUAUUCCAGCUGUCUAUGACUUUGUCACAUCUGUUUACCCUGGUCAUGCAUUUGAGCUCAAAAAGAGAAUGAAUGCAGCUUUCAAAGUCGUCGGGUCUUGUUCAUGACAGGGAACCAAACGACUUAUGCAGGAACAUUUCAAGAGAAGACCACAAAGCUUCCAUGGACCUUGGCAAAUCUCAUCACAAACAGCAAAACCGGUGUUCUCGUCAAGUACUACAAAUACCUUGAGAAGUGGCUGGGGUUAUGCGGUACCUCUAUUAAGCUGAAGAAGCGCCUGGACGUAGCUCUACUCUCAGCGGAGACUUCAAAGGCAGGAACACAAGAUCCGCCAAAGCCUUCACAUGACGCAGCGCCAAUUGCCAAUGUUGCUCCUGCAUCCAAGGGAGAUUUCAAUCCACCGAUAAAUCCUAUCUUCCCAGUAUACGCACUGGUCGACACUGCUGACAAGCUAAGCGAAUUCCUUGGGGUUCUCGGAAGCCUCCCACGCAACGGCGAAUCCAAUCUCUUUUGCCAUGCCGUCACCGAACGUAGCUCAGGCGCAUUCAGAAUCACGUUGCUUGCGAUCUUUAUUAAAACUUUGCAGCAGACAUUUGUCGUGGACAUCAAGAAGCUUGGCCCGGCCGCCUUCCAUAAUCAUGGUAGGAGCGAGAGUCGCAUGUCGCUUGGUAGAGUUCUGGAAGAUAUGAGUACUCCAAAAGUUUUUACUAGCAUCAAGAACAUAACUCCAACAUUAAAUCGAGAUUACCAGGUUCUUAUGCAAGCAGUCAUCGAUGAAGAAGUGUUGGAAAAGAUUGCUGCUGGUCCAUCCACAACUAGGGGUAACCGCAAAGUUGACCAUUACUUCGACCAUUGCCGCUGGAUUUAUCUGGCACAAAGUAGGUUUGAGAGAGGCGGCGAUGACUCUGUACCCACAGAGACGGUUACAGAGUUGAUUACGUUAGGAUCAGCUGCUUUGAAGGCUUCUGAGAUCGUACCUCAAUCUGUUGCAGCUUCCCUCAAAUUAGAUAUGCAGGAGAAGAUGAAAGUUCUGAUUGAGGCUGUGAAGAAAGGUGGCCUUGGUAUCAAGGGAAAAAAUUGA